AUGGACUCUCCCCCCACCGUCACCACCACCACCACGACUCCUCCCGGAGGCGGCGGGCCCCACCACAUCGACCACCACCCGUUUUCCGAGCGCCAACGCACCCUCCGGCCGCAACACGAGCACGCCCUCAAGUGCCCGAGGUGUGAGUCGACCCACACCAAAUUCUGCUACUACAACAACUACAGCCUCUCUCAGCCGCGCUACUUCUGCAAGACGUGCCGCCGCUAUUGGACCAAAGGCGGCACCCUCCGCAACAUCCCGGUUGGCGGCGGCUGCCGGAAAAACAAGAAAGUCACCUCCAAGAAAAACAAUCACAACCCGUCCACGUCAUCGUCCUCCGCGCCGCCACAUGUCGCCACACGGGACCUCAAGAACAACAACACCGAGCUCCAGCUGGCGUUCCCCGACGGCCAGCUGGCAGUGGGCCCGGGACUGUUCAAUCCCGUAAGCCCGGGAUUGCUUUUCGGGCCGGCCGACCCGAUCGGAUACAUGGGGAUUAUGGGCGGCAUGCAGCAAAACCCUAGCGGAGAAGGGGGUUUCGACGGGCUCGGGAUUAAUAAUCACGCAUUUGGUAUGAUUGAUAACAAUGUUCUUCUGCCUUAUGAUGAGACUAGCUAUCCAAGUUACAAUAACAUGAUUAAUCAGCAUCAUCAUCAUCAUGUGGACCAUCACGUUUUUAGUAGCCGUCACGAGGUCGACGUGAAGCCGAACGCUAGGGUUUUGUCGCUCGAGUGGCAAGAUUGUAAUUCGGAUGUCGGGAUUAAGGACACGUUUGGGUAUAGUAUCGGAGGGCUCGGGUCGUGGGCCGGGCUGAUGAACGGGUACGGGCCGUCCACGAUGAAUCCGUUGGUUUGA